AGCUGGCGCCGGAAGUGGGGUGCGCACGCUGAGGUGCUGCGCAGUCGGUUUGGAAUCGCAGCGGGAGGAGCGCGUUGGUCCUGAGGGUUAACAAUGGACACCCAGAAGGACGCUCAACCCCCCAAGCAGCAGCCAAUGAUAUAUAUCUGUGGAGAAUGUCACGCAGAAAAUGAAAUAAAAUCCAGGGAUCCAAUCAGAUGCAGAGAAUGUGGAUACAGAAUAAUGUACAAGAAAAGGACUAAAAGAUUGGUGGUUUUUGAUGCUCGAUGAAACGGAAUUCAGAAGAAUAUCUUUGUUUGCAUUUGGAUUUGCUGUUAUUAUUGUAUAGUUUUUGAUGAGUAUACUUAUCUUUGUGAAUACAACUACUAGUAUAUACAUGAUUUCAUUUUUAAAACCAUAUUGUAUUUAGUGUCUAUUAUAAAGAUUUUUUUGUUCAGUUCCAUGAUUUGUACUUUAAUUUUGUGUGUGUGUGUGUAAUUUAAUUUUGUUGUAUAUUUCAUCUGACAUGAAAAAGGUUAAAAGUGCUUCGCCAAACCACACUUUUAAUCAAAACUGGGAGUCAUUGGGGCCCUUGUUAAAAUAAAGCUUUCUAGGGCUCUCUA